AUGACGAUCGAGGCGCCUCCUUCGGUUAUUCCUCCGAAGAAAUAUUGUGAUGUGACUGGAUUAGAAGCUCCUUAUGUUGAUCCUAAAUCUAGAUUAAGAUAUCAUAAUGUAGAAGUAUAUGAAUUAAUUAAAACUUUUGGACCUGGAGUUGAUCAAAUUUAUCUUUCUUUAAGAGGUGCUCAUACUACUUUAAAAUGA